CAGAACCAGGAAGUCAGCAGCUCUCUCUGUUACGCAGUUUCAGAGACUGAAGUUAACUUUGUCUGUCAAAGCAAACAGUAAAAUGGCUGAAGGUAGACCGUUCCUGGAUCAGGAACAGCUGAGCUGUUCAAUCUGCCUGGAUCUACUGAAGCAUCCUGUGACAAUUCCCUGUGGACACAGUUACUGUUUGGGCUGUAUUAAGGGCUGCUGGGAUCGGGAUGAUCAUACUGGUGUCUACAGCUGUCCCCAGUGCAGAGAGACCUUCACCCCAAGGCCUGUUUUAAGAAAAAACACCAUGUUUGCUGAAGUGGUGGAGACACUGAAGAAGACAGGACUCCAAUCUGCUUCUCCUGCUCACUGCUAUUCUGGACCUGGAGACGUGCCAUGUGAUGUCUGCACUGGGAGAAAACGCAAAGCCAUCAAGUCCUGUCUGGUGUGUCUAGCCUCUUACUGUAAAACUCACCUCCAGCCUCACUAUGAAUCUCCUGCCUUUAAGAAGCACAAACUGGUCAAAGCCACUGGAAACCUGCAGGAGAAGAUCUGCUCUGUUCAUGACAAAGUGCUGGAGAUUUACUGUCAUACCGAUCAGCAGUGUAUCUGUUAUCUGUGUGUGAUGGAUGAACACAGAGGACAUGAUACAGUCUCAGCUGCAGCCGAAAGGACUGAGAAACAGAAGCAGCUGGGGACAACACAGAGUAAGUUCCAGCAGAGAAUCCAGGAGAGAGAGAAGGAGCUGCAGGAUCUAAGACAGGCUGUGCAGUCACUCAAGUGCUCUGCACAGGCAGCAGUGGACGACAAUGAGAGGAUCUUUACUAAGCUGAUCCGCUCCAUUGAGAGAAGGCGCUCUGAGGUGAAAGAGCUGAUCAGAGAUCAGGAGAAGGCUGAGGUGAGUCGGGCUGAAGGACUCCUGAAGCAACUGGAGCAGGAGAUUGCUGAGCUGAAGAGGAGAGAUGCUGAGCUGGAGCAGCUUUCACACACAGAGGACCACAUCCAUUUCCUCCAGAGCUGUCUGUCUCUCUGUGCCCCUCCUGCACCUGGAGACCUUCCCAGCAUCACUGUCAGUCCACAUGUCUCUUUUGAGGCUGUGAGGAAAUCUGUCUCUGAACUGAAAGAGCGACUGGAGGACAUCUGCAAGGGGGCACUGGUCACAAUUCCUGAAUCAGAGAAAGAAGUUCAUGUUGUAGACCCCUGGACCAGAGAGGAUUUCUUACAGUAUUCCUGUCAGCUCACACUGGACCCCAACACAGCGCACAGAAAACUCUGUCUGUCUGAGAAGAACAGAGCGGUGACCCACGUGGAAGAUAUACAGUCAUAUCCUGAUCAUCCAGAAAGAUUUGAGUGCAAAGCCCAAGUGCUGUGCAAAGAAAGUCUCUCUGGACGAUGUUACUUGGAGGCUGAGUGGAGUGGGGGUACUGAGGUUUCCGUAGCGCUCUCGUAUAAAGAGAUCAGCAGGAAAGGGAAGGGUAAUGACUGUCGUCUGGGAUGUAAUAACAAGUCCUGGAGAUUGCGCUCCUCUCCCUCCAGUUACUGUGUCUGGCACAAUAAUGUUAGCACUGAAAUCCCUGUUCCCCCCUCCUCCUCCAGAAUAGGAGUGUACCUGGAUCACAGGGCAGGAACUCUGUCCUUCUACAGAGUCUCUGACACAAUGACCCUCCUGCACAGAGUCCAGACCACAUUCACUCAGCCCCUCCAUCCUGGGUUCUGGGUUAAUUUUGGAAGUUCUGUAAAACUGUGCGAUCUUUGAUGAGACCAGCUGUAACCAGAGUGAGAGAAAAACACUGCAGGGGAAAGAGAGAAGUAAAUACAUCAUAAAAGAUUAAGUUUGAGGGUCUGAUGAGGAGCUCAUUCAGUAGGCCCUCACCAUGAGCACAACUUUACACCUCUACCAACACUAGGAUCAGAGGAGCGCAUUUUACACAGUUCUACACCUCUACCAUCACUAGGACCAGAGAAGCACAUUUUACACAGUUCUACACCUCUACCUGCACUGGGGUCAGAGAAGCACAUUUUACACAGUUCUACACCUCUACCACACUGGGGUCAGAGAAGCACAUUUUACGCAGAUUAUCUAUUUACUUUCUCCUAUAAACUGAGUGGUAAUAGCUUAUACGGUAUUGUAAGUAUAGAAAUUAUAUUGUAUUCUUUUGGGGAAGUAAGGUAAUCAUCUUUGUAAUUGGCAGAGGUUUCUCAAAACUUGUAUGAAUCUUUAAUCUUUAUUUUAUAUGCUGGAAACAGCACAUCAUAUACAGUGGGCUCCAGAAUUAUUGGCACCCCUGACUGGCACUGCAUAAAAAAAUACUUAAAAAAGAAUGUGAUUAAUGAGAUGCUUCUAAAAAUGCUGAACAUUUAUGAAUGAGAAAUAAUAAUGAAAAAUACUGUACUUCAUUAAUGUUUUAAUGGGCCCAACCAAAAUAAAACAUUUAAUAAAAAAGUAGAUUUCACGAAAA